GUAAUCGUAAAAAGUAAGUUACGGAUCAGUUCCAAUUUAGUUAGAAAGUUAGGAAUUAGUUCCAUAUUGGUGGUUGUAGUGUAUUAUUAUUAUUAUUUUAGAUUUUUGUGUAAAAUGACUAUCCUCCACCCGCUAUUUAGUCCUUUUGUUAAUUUGUAAGAACUAAUUUGAUACUAAUCGAUAUAAUUCAGAGAUUCAUUCUUUUGUUUGUGAUAUAAUUCAACGACUAAAUUGACGGUAAAUUAGAUACAAUUUAGCAGGAGGACGCCAAGGACCAAGUUGCUCGGCAUAAUUCAAAAUCAUAGUAUUUGUUGUCUAUCCGCAUGUUUCAUGAUAUAAAUGCCCGAGUCCUACAAUUUCAAGCUGCAAAUUAGUAAUUUACUCAACAAGAUAGGUGGGUGUAGUUGCUGUCAUUUGCAUAAAACCAAGUCGUUGUGAACCAAGUACUAGUAGUAGUAAUAACUCAAGAGACAAAAUGGAAAGUGAAAUGGGGUACACCAUCAGAUUUGACUCAGUUACCUGUGUUUCUUCUCUCACUCUUCUCACACACUUCACACUCAUUUCCCAUUCUUCACCUAAUUUUUUCUCACUCAAACUCAUUUCUCAUCUCACUUCUUCUUCCUCCUUAUUUUCUUCCACCACAACUACUCCAUUACAGUCUCCUUCUCGUCAUAAACUGCCAUCUGCUACCAUGCUCCACCAUGACCCUUUUGUCUCUGAUUUAUUUGCAACAGCUAUCUCUGGUGUUGUUGCUUUUUCUUGCUUAAGAUUGUGGGAAGAAACAGCAAAAAGAGGACUUUUUGAUCAGAAAUUGAAUAGGAAACUUGUACAUAUAACCAUGGGGCUGGUAUUCAUACUCUGUUGGCCGUUAUUCGGUACUGAUAGAUGGGGAUCUCUUUUUGCUGCUUUUUUUCCGGGAGUCAAUAUACUUCGGAUGCUUGUUAUUGGACUUGGAAUAUGGAAAGAUGAAGCCACAGUGAAAUCAAUGAGUAGAUUUGGAGAUCAUAGGGAACUUCUUAAGGGACCACUGUAUUAUGCUGCAACUAUUACUUUGGCAUCGAUAGUAUACUGGAGAACUUCGCCUAUUUCCACCGCUGCAAUAUGUAAUCUGUGUGCAGGAGAUGGUAUGGCAGACGUCGUUGGAAGGAGAUUUGGUCGUAAAAAAAUACUUUACAACAAAAACAAAUCCUAUGCUGGUUCAAUUGCAAUGGCAUCUUCUGGAUUCUUGGCUUCUAUUGGGUAUAUGUGGUAUUUUUCAUCAUUUGGAUUUAUGGAGGGAAGCUGGAAAAAGGUUAUAGGUUUCCUAGUUGUGUCUGUUAUCUCAGCAGUUGUGGAGUCCCUUCCUAUCAGCACAGAUCUUGAUGACAACCUUACAGUUCCCCUCACUUCCAUAUUAGUAGGAAGUAUAGUCUUCUGAUAUUGUAAUCAUAAAUUUAAAGUUCGGAAUUAGUUCCAUAUCGGUGGUUGUAGUGUAUGUUCACCGCAAUUUGCAUGGUUUGAUUUGCAAUUAUGAAAUUCACUCACUA